UCUAGAUCCCUUGUGCGGGCCGAUCCCAGAGCUGAGCUUGCUGGGCUUCCCGGUAGUGUAAGGGGCUUGUGAGGUGAGGGCUGAAUCUGCGUGCAAACUGAAGUGCGUGUCAGUAAGGGAACCCUAAGUGAGACCCGAUGUGAGGGGAUCCCGGAGCGUCCAGAGGAUGUGAAGAUGGAGACCGGACAGGAGAGCUCUGUCUGGGAGAGCGCCGGCUCCGAGUCCCGCAGCGGGAGAGGCCGAUGUGCCUGGCCCCAGACGGUGCUGAUCAGUCCGAGGGGUCGCGAAGACCUGGGCUUCCCAGGCCGGACCAGCAGACCGGAAGUCGGGCACGGGAGGGAGGGUGCUUCCGCUGGAGCCCGCCCCCCGGAAGUGCUGCCCUGGGUCUGGGGUGCAGCGUGGGACGCAGUCGGCCGACGCCCAGGAGCCCCGGAAGGCGGGCAAGGGAGCAGAAAGGCCGGUGCCCGUCACAAAGCCCCGCACGACCCUGCCGUGCCCUAUGAUCUGCCCCUGCCCGGCGGGGUCGUGCCGCGCAUGCUCAUAACGAUUCUGGGCACUGUGAAACCCAACGCCAACAGGUUGGCCCUGGACUUCAAGCAGGGGAACGACGUGGCUUUCCACUUCAACCCGCGCUUCAACGAGAACAACAGGCGGGUCAUCGUGUGCAACACCAAGCAGAGCAAUGCCUGGGGGCGGGAGGAGCGCCAGCAGGCUUUCCCCUUCGAGAUGGGCAAGCAGUUCAAGAUCCAAGUGCUGGUGGAACCCGACCACUUCAAGGUGGCGGUCAACGACGCGCACCUGUUGCAGUACAAUCACCGGGUGAGGAACUUCACGGCAAUCAACAAACUGGGGAUUUCCGGCGACAUAACCCUCACCAGCGCAACAUACACUAUGAUAUAAUCUGGAAGGGCAGACGCUUGGAGGCCAGACCUUACCUACGCAAAGGCUUCGGGUUCACUGGGAGUGGAAAGUUUUACAUCUAUGCACGAUAUUCUUCCCUGAGUCCCUCAUUUAAUAAACGUUAUGCUGAGUUACCUUU